UGACGUCUCACGGACCAAUCGGCGAUACAUAAACACUGCGCUUAAUGUAGCGAGAAGUUGGGUUUUCUGCAAACUCAAAGUGAAAUUUAGUUGUUCUUUCGGCUCAAAAUGUCAGUGAAGCAUGCUCUCAGUCGGGGGUUGGAGCUGGGGAGGUCGCUUAUCCAGCUGGGGCUCUUCAAACCAGCCGGCCGUGUGGCUGCGAAGCUCCGCGGUGAGCGGCUGCGUGUGACCCGGCCGACCCGCACCGUCCAGCCGCAGACCUUCCUGCCCGGUCGGUACCGCUUCUUCCGCCUGUCUCUCAGCGGCCUGGCCGCCCAGCUCCAGUCCGGGGCUUUCAGGAGAGUGGUUGGAGGUGGUGCACCCAGAAACAGGGCUGUUUUCCUGGCUUUUGGUGGGUUGGGGCUGAUUGAACAGCAGCUGGAGGAGGACAGGACAGGCGCUGCUCUGUGUCAGGAGAUACAGUAUUACUCAUGUCCACAGGCCCUAACAAAAGAGCAAGAAGAGAUUGCUUUGGAUGGCCACUUUGGAACUGUGCCUAAAAGACUGACUGCUCAUCCCAACGUGAUCACAGUGUACCGGGCCUUCACUGCUGAGGUCCCGCUGCUGCCUGGAGCUCAGGAGGAGUAUCCUGAUGUCCUGCCUGCCCGACUCAAUCCACAGGGUUUGGGCAGUAAUCGCACACUGUUCCUGGUCAUGAAGAAUUACCCAUGCGGUACCCUGCGGCAGUACCUGGAGGUGUGUGUGCCGAACCAGAAGCAGGCAUCUCUCAUGCUGCUGCAGCUGCUGGAAGGGGUGGAUCACCUGUGCAAGCAGGGCAUUGCUCACAGAGACCUCAAAUCAGACAAUGUGCUCCUGGAAUUUGACAGAGCCGGGUGUCCCAGACUGGUGAUCACUGACUUCGGCUGUUGUCUGGCAGAAGAUUUGGACCUCAAACUGCCCUUCAACAGCUGGUGGGUUAACAGAGGGGGGAACACCUGUCUGAUGGCACCUGAGGUGGCCACAGCAGUUCCAGGUCCAGGGGUGAUGAUCGAUUACAGUAAAGCAGAUGCCUGGGCUAUAGGGGCCAUCGCCUAUGAGCUCUUCGGUCAGCCGAACCCCUUCUACAGCUCACAGGGGCUGGAGGGACGCACUUAUCAGGAAAAACAGCUUCCUCCACUUCCUGCUGCUGUACCUGAGGAUGUACAGCUAGUAGUGAAGCUGCUGCUGUGCAGAAACACUUGCAAGCGCCCCAGCGCACGUUUGGCUGCUACCAUGCUGCACAUCAGCCUGUGGGGAAAGUGUGUGUUGGCCAGCUUGAACCAGGCCAGGAUGGAUGAGCUGACGGACUGGCUGCUGUGUCAGACUGCUGUGGUGCUGCUGAAGGGUCGAGGGUCCGGCGGGAGCUCUGUGGAAGCUGAACUCCAGAGAUGCUUUCUCGCCAACAUAGACCUGGAGGAUCUCCACACUGCAGUCAGCUUCCUCAUGUACGGACAAGAGCAGUGGAAAUCCCUGCUAGUGCACUACACUGAGCCAUAGUGUGUGUGUGUGUGUGUGUGUGUGUGAGUGAGUGUUCACUGGAGAAACAAGCACAGCUCAGUACCAAUUAUUUUUUUAGUAGACUGUGGAAGCACUUUAAUCUAUCACUGACAUUUUGAUACUAUGGCAUUUGCACUUUUCAGUAUAUACACUAAGAAUACUUUAUGCUGUUAAUGACUCUUUAGAAUAACAGUUUAAACCGAGUACAAAUUCAUGCAUAAUGUAAUGCAUUAAUAUCCACAGUAUAUCACAGUUUACUGAAUAUUGUUUAAAAAAGGAGGAAAAUAAAUGCAGAAUAAAUUAUACAGUUGAUGUUUUUCUGACAGGAUAUUCAAUACAAAUUUGAUUUUAACUUUUGGUAACUGAUUGCAUCAUGAAAUGUGUGUGUUACCAGAACAGAGUUGGUUGGAGAGGCUGGGAAAGUAAUUGGGAUUUGUGAUGGCAUUUCAGAGAUAGAGCAAGUGAUUAUUUUUGGAGACGUUCACUAUGACAAUCUUUG